AGAGAGGAAGAUGAAGGUGAUUGUUUUCUUAACGUGGUGAAUCACCCCCAGAGUGCUUAAAUUGUUAACGAUCGGGCGGUGGCCUGGCAUCUGCAUUAUGUAUUACAUUGUUUUGCUGGAUGUCAACCAGUGAUUUACAUGGCUGGAUCGACAGGGCCAGUUCGUUCAGAGGUGCUCCCUUUCUAGAGGGCUGUCUGGAUUGCGCCCUUGAAUGAGCUAUCCCUCCCUCUCUCUUAGACUCCAACAACCUCGUCCUAACUACUGUCUGUUCGUCUCAACACUGACUAGAGAUGUUGUCCGUAUACUACUUGGUGAGUAGCCUGUUAGCUACCGCUGCUAGUGCCGGAAACGUUGCCGAUCUUGUAGGCACUUGGACAACAAAGUCUCGCGCGGUUGUAACAGGACCAGAAUUUUAUGAUCCUAUUGAGGAUAGAUUCAUCGAACCAAACCUUCCUGGAAUAUCAUUCUCCUUUACCGCCGAUGGACAUUAUGAGGAGGCAUUCUAUCGCGCUGUUGCCAAUCCCCAAGAACCUGCCUGUCCCAAGGGUAUCAUGCAAUGGCAACAUGGCACCUAUACAAUCGACGCUAACCAAACCCUACACCUGACUCCUAUCGCGGUCGACGGCCGCCAGCUUCUCUCAGAUCCAUGUGUCGGAGGGCUGAAGAGCGUAUAUACCAGGUACAAUCAGACAGAGACGUACAAUUCGUUUACUGUGUCUGUCGACCCGUAUUAUGAUGAUCUGCGGUUGGACCUCUACUCGUUCGAUGGAGCACCCAUGCAUCCGAUGUACCUGGUUUACAGGCCACCUGAGAUGCUUCCCACCAUGACUUUGAACCCCGUUACGGCAGGGAAGACGAAGCGUGAUGUCACGAGAGACUCAGACUCGCCAUAUAGUGUAAGGAAACUGGUGAGACGAGAAGACCUUGUUGAUCCCGACCACUGGUUGUGGAUUGGAAUCUUCAUGAGUACCCUAGGGGGAAUUGUCCUAUUGAUCUCCUAAUUGAAUCACCUUCUCCGUUGCUUCGGUUGAGGUCAGAGGAUAUUGUUUCAAUGGUUGGGCAAUUGCCAGGUUUGUCAGGGGAAAUUCUUGUUCUAUAGGCACAGGUAGAAUCUUCGAGUUUAUUGUA